AUGUCCGGUUAUCGUCAAAUUCAAAAUGUCUUGGCCCUUAUUCCUACGAUUGAAGCUCUGGAUGGCACCGCCGCCGUUUUCCCUUGCUGGCGAUCUCGAAUUGAAGAUGUUCUUGGGAUGCAGAACACCCUCGACAUAGUCAAAGGUACUCUGCCUUGCCCAAAAGAAGAAGCAAAGGAUGCGACUCCGUAUACUCGCCCUCCUGAUUCCAAAGGGUACAACCCAAAGGAAAGCAAGGAGGACUGGGGCGCCCUCUUGGAAACGGUGUGUGCUCUUAUCCGGCUUACAUUAACCGAUCCCUUAGCGCAGCAAUACAGGAAAGUCAAGCCAGCGUCUCGACUUUUCACUAAAAUCGUCAACGCUUACGAGAAGAAUACUCGCGCCCGUCGCAUACACUUGCAAGAAGCGUUCUGGAACGCUCGUCACAAACCCGGCAAACCAAUCGCGCUGUGGAUUGGUUGUAUCCGCGUCGCCGCCGACGAUCUCCUCUCAAUUGGAGAACUUCCGACCGAUCGACAAAUUGCCGACCGUCUCGUUGGCGGGCUGGACCCCUCGUGGUCAGCCGUUCGUGAUUCGAUUGUCUAUACGGCCGUCGAGAUGACCUUGGACAAUACAGUCAGAGCGUUAGAAGCUCAUGAGGUCAGCUUGAAUGGGACAAGCCAACACGACCUUGUCGCGGCUGCUUCUGCUAAACACCUGGCUUGCUCCAAUUGUGGCAAACGGGGCCAUCGAUCGUCCGACUGUUGA